AAUGCCCCACCGCUAGAUGGCGUGUCUGUUUUGUGUUGAAGAAAUUUACAACAGUAAAGGCGUGCAGGUUUUGAAUAUUGAAGGGAAGCCACAACUAUAUACCAUUCGUGUGUAAUUAAUGAAUAUAUUGUAAUUCACUUAAUUUGGGAAUAACAAGAGCUUAAAGAUGAGUAAAGCACAUCCUCCUGAACUUAAAAAGUACAUGGAUAAGAGACUAUCGUUAAAAUUGAAUGGAGGAAGACAUGUCGUUGGUAUUUUACGUGGAUUUGAUCCAUUUAUGAAUAUGGUAAUAGAUGAAAGUAUAGAAGAAUGUAAAGAUGGUACAAAGAAUAGCAUUGGCAUGGUGGUAAUACGUGGUAAUAGUGUUAUAAUGUUAGAAGCUCUAGAUAGAAUAUGACAAAACAACCAUGGAAAUAUAAUUUGUAUUCUCUUAAAAGGUUAAGUAAAGAAUUUUUUAUGUA